GAAACCAGUCCUCGCGUACGUACUCGCGCCGGACUCCUCUCUCGACCGGAGUAGAGGAGGCUUGCGAUCGCCUCUCUACUCAACCAAUCACCUGUGCGACUUGCGAGCAUUUUCGGCGGCCGAACGAUCGCUAAGAGACCUGGAUCUUCAUCGAUCGGAUCGACGUCGCGUGACGAAAACAAGUGAUAGAUUCUGUGAACGCGCCGGGAAUAAGAUCGUAUUGAAUUUCGUCGUUAUUUACAUCCGCCAUAUUUGAAUUUUUUUUUUCGGAGCAUCCGCGGAAAUUUAUAAAGAUUCCCGACACAGGUGUCAGUUUACAAUCAACGCUGACUUCGCGACUUUCGAGCGACGGAUUCUCCCUGAUUCUUGUGAACGCGUCGCUCGAUUAUACAAGAACCUAAUAAGAUUACGAUAAGGGAGAUAAAAAGAACUCGUUUUGAAAAUUCGCAGCGAUCAUCAUCGACAUCGACGGUGUGUGUGCGCGUGUCUGGACAUUGUCGGACAAAUUCGGAGAAAAGAGGUGUUUUGCUUGAUCGUUGAAACGCAUCGAAGCAGGUAGCGGUCCCGUAUCUCGUCGACUUCCUUCGCCGCGCGCGCAGCGUUCGUACGGAACGAACGCGGCCGCGAACGCGAGUGAUGCGCGAGGGCGAUCUUGUGCCGAUUCGUGGCGUGGCGAGAGUCGGGUAAGUCGGCGGUUAAUCUAGGCGAAAGACGAUCUCAACUCGCCGUGUUUUAAAGAGGAUCCUCCCCGAGACGGAAGAAAGUGAGGUUAGAGAAGAGUUGAAGACGAAAGCGGCAACGGAGACAUGCGAUAUUCAAGAGAUAAAAUUAUAUGCAGACAUCGACUGACGAGAAUGAGAAAAGGUGGAGAAAGAUAGAGGAAGACAGCUUGCGAGGCCUUUCGCCGCUCGCGAUCCAAGUUUCUCGGUCGCCCGCGAGUCCCACUGAUCUAAUUCGCGGCGUUCUUUUGCACCUCGCGAUGCCUGGGUGAAGGCGUCGAUCAUCCGUCAGCUGCCCUCACGUUCGUUUUAGCAAGGAAGGAAGGAUCUCUAGAAGGAUGAUACAAGGACAUACACAUCGCCAAUCUUUAUGAGCAUCCAAACAAAUCACCCGAUUAAAUCUUGUGAUUUCAUUGUGACAGUUCAGAGAUAUCUACAAGGCGGGAUAUCAAAGAGGGACUUAAACUGUGUAGUAGAUAAUCUCUCAUCGUGAGAAGAAUUGACGAGUCGCGAGUGUUAUUUUUCGCAUAGUAGUGUUUCGCGGCCGAUGUGAAAUUAAUACCGCAAUUUUUGCGUGUGAUUUAAGUGCGAGAGUACCGUGAUACGAUCCUUUUACGCGAGUGAAGUAAUAAUAACUGUAUAACUGCUUCGUUCGGACAUAUACGUUCGCGAUACCGCAAUAAACCUCUUGUAGUGUUUUGCUUUCAAAGUCGAUCAUCGGAGCCCGAUACAUUUCAACGGUACGACGAAUCUCCGUGGGAUAGUAGCCGAGAGCGGAACGAGAAGAACAGAGAGAGAGAGAGGAAGAGAGAAAGAUAGCAGAGAAGAGAUAGACGGAGAAAGAAGAGAUAUAGCUAUUCGCUAUUCGAAGCGAGAGAUGAGGAGCUCAUCGAAGAUGAAGACCACACAACGAGCUUUAAGCUUCGACGAGACGUCGAUGGACAGCUGCAUAUUGGCUACCGUCGACGAGGGCCGCCGAAUCAGUGACUUGUCAGGCGAGUCUGCGAAGGACGGUAACGAGGUGGAAGUGACGUCAUUGGAGGAAGCCAAGUCGGUCAUAGCGGCACUCAGGGCGAGGCAACGGGCGCAGGCCCACCAGAUGCUCGCCUGGCGGAGGACCCUUAAGUUGCAGGAGGAUCUGGUAGCCCGACUGACGCGAGAGAAGGCCGAACAACUGCGAACGUUGUCAUCACAGCUUUUGCUAUUCGAGUCUAGACUCUGCAGGAAGCAGAAGGAGAUUGAAGCCAGUCUAAGUCAGCGAGAAUCCAUUAUUCUACGACAACAAAGGGUGAUUCGACAAUUACAGAGCAGAUUGGCGGAAAGGAGCACAGGUACCAGAGAUUCGCCACCCUGCGACGCCUUGGACAGAUUGGAUAGUCUGGGUGAUAGCGACAGUGCCGUGGUGCUCGAGGAGACCGCCGACGAUCCUGCUCCGCCAAGAUUUCGUUCUAAUAUCACUGAUGUGACUGUGAUCCGCUCCGUAUCUGAUGCGGUGGAGCCGUCAAACAAAUAUUCGUCGAUGCGACGAUGCAACGGUUUUCUCAGAAGACCGGAGAUCCUGGAAACUGUAUAUUCCGUGGAGGAGGAUGGCGACAGCGAGAAUAAUCAGGAUCCGUCCGAGUCGACAGAAAACUCAGAAUGCGAAGAUAGGAGAGCGAAAAACUUGGGCAACGGAAAAGGCAGACUUCAGGAUCUUUAUGGCAGUUUCGAGAGGCUGGCACAAGAAGCAGAUUCUCCGCCUAGCGAAAGACCUAGAGACGAAAGUCAGCAGGCUCAGGUAACGUACAAUAGGGUAAUGAGCAACCACAGAUCCGUGACAAAGCCAAAAGAUGUGAAAUACAAGAGGAUAAACAAGGCAAAAUCGAAAAGUCUUGAAGAACUCAGAGGACGUCUUAGAAAUUGGGUCGAGAAAGGGAAUAAAAUAGCUAUAUCGCUGGAUCAGUCAUAUGCUUGAGCUUAUUCUACUCCAUAUAUGAAAGUAUAUAAAUUAUUAUUUUACGAACGAGCAUAAUGUGACUGCUGUCAAAUAUGUAAUGCCUAAAAGUUUAAUUUAAUCCGUCAGAUACGCGAUUAUUAAGGAAUGGACUUCGUAAAGUCGCUACGGUGUAUUUAAUUGAUGAAAUAUCAUUGUGCUCCAUGUGAUAUUUACUGUAGUAUCUCUUCACAUUAAUUAUGCACCUAGGUCAGAGAUGAACGAUUCGGCGAGACUUGUGAUAUGAUUUUAUUGUAUACAAAGGCGUAGUUAGGAAGAAUUUAUUAUCUUGCAAAAAAGUAAUUAGCACUUAAGUGCCAUGGUGAAAAAUUAUAGUACUAUGAUAUCGUGUAAAUAUUUGUGUGAAUAUUAUUUAAGAACUUACAUACAUACAGAAUUUCUCAUACAUAAAACAUUUCUCAGAAUAUUUAAUGUAUAUAUAUAUACACACAGCAAGUUUUUUUAUGAUCGAGCAUUUACCAAUAAAAUUUUUACAUUAUUUUUUAAUUGAAAAGUGAACAAAUAAAAUGAAGAUAAUACCAGAUGCAUUGACAUAGCACAAUGUAAAAAGCAAGUAAUCUUGUAACAUUAAGAAAUUUAGGAUUGCGUACGAUUCCACCAUGGUACUUAUGAGUUAACAUAACUUAAAACGUGACAUUUAUCUGUGAAUGAAUUUUCAAGAAAACAUUUUCAAUUAUUUUGUUUAUAGACAAUGUAAAACUUGUGUUUGUUUCCUCGUUCUAAAGUCAAACAAGAAAUAUUUUAUGCGGCCUAAAUUUUAAGAGAAGGAUUUGAAUUACAAAUCUACAUAUAAUUAAAUGUAUAUCUUUGUACAAUGGGAAAGUUCAUUAUUAAUAUGGAAACGCGUAACAUACGUUUCUUUGAAAAUGCCUGAUGAUAUCAAAAUAAGAUACAAUUUUUA